UUUCCUCCGGAAGACAUCGCCGGUGCACUGUACCAAUGUGAAGCCGCUGCUUUUGGUUUUCACUUCCUGGAUCGGUCGUGUCAUCAAGCCGGCGAGAGGUGAAUGUGCUGGGUGACGGGGCAGCGAAAAUGGUCCACGCAGAAGCCUUUUCUCGCCCUUUGAGCAGAAAUGAAGUUGUGGGCCUCAUCUUCAGGUUGACCAUAUUUGGAGCCGUCACCUAUUUUACCAUUAAAUGGAUGGUAGAUGCCAUCGAUCCCACCAGGAAGCAAAAGCUUGAAGCCCAGAAGCAGGCCGAGAAGCUGAUGAGACAGAUUGGGGUGAAGAACGUAAAGCUAACAGAAUAUGAAAUGAGCAUCGCCGCCCAUCUUGUCGAUCCACUCAGUAUGCAGGUGACGUGGAGUGACAUUGCUGGCCUGGAUGAUGUGAUCACAGACCUGAAAGAUACGGUUAUUCUCCCAAUAAGGAAGAAACAUUUAUUUGAGAACUCCAGACUUCUUCAGCCUCCUAAAGGUGUGCUGCUUUAUGGACCACCAGGAUGUGGGAAGACUCUUAUUGCUAAAGCAACUGCUAAAGAAGCCGGGUGUCGCUUCAUAAACCUGCAGCCAUCUACUCUGACUGACAAGUGGUAUGGAGAGUCCCAGAAACUCGCUGCCGCUGUCUUCUCCUUGGCUGUAAAACUACAACCGUCCAUCAUUUUUAUUGAUGAAAUUGAUUCUUUCCUUCGGAGCCGUUCAAGUACUGAUCACGAGGCAACUGCAAUGAUGAAGGCUCAGUUCAUGAGUCUCUGGGAUGGACUGGAUACUGACUAUAGCUGUCAGGUGGUUGUAAUGGGAGCCACAAACCGUCCUCAGGACCUGGAUAUUGCAAUUAUGAGGAGAAUGCCCACAAGGUUUCACAUCAAUCAGCCGUCUAUGAGACAGCGAGAGGCAAUCCUGAACCUCAUACUGAGGAACGAGAAUGUGGACCAACGUGUGGAUUUGUUGCAGGUUGCAAACGGUACAGAUGGAUUCUCUGGAAGUGACCUGAAGGAAAUGUGCAGAGAUGCAGCUUUGCUGUGUGUCAGGGAGAGCGUGGUCAAUAACACAGAAGAAAGUCCCGAUGAGGAGAUCCGACCAAUUCGGCAACAAGAUUUACUGAGGGCCAUUGACAAGAUGAAGAAAUCGAAAAGCGCAACCAACCCGGGGGUUUUGAUGCAUGUUAGUUUGGACUGAGCCUGUUUCAGCUCCUAUCAUCCGAGCCGUUGGCGGCAGGCCUAGACCAUAGACUUUAUUGGUAACCAGAUUUUAUGAUCGCUAGCCCCCACUUUUGGACCUUAGUAACUAUUCUCUAUUAAGUAAAGAGCCUUGUAGAGAGAAGACGGUAACUCUCUCUAGCAUCACUUGAGCUGCUGAUAUUGUCUUGUACCGGGUGUGCGUCCAUACGUUUACUUUGUACCGUCAUCUGUGUGAAUGAUUUGUAGAACUUUUGGAAAGGGAACCACUGAAUAUAGUGGCGUGCUUCAUAGAUCAUGUGCAGGGUGCUAGAUAUCUGCUGCUGUUCAGUCACACGCCGUGUUUUGGGCUUUUGUAAGAGGCUGAAGCCUACCAGCACAUCUUCGCACCUGUACAAGAAGUGUUUUAUAAUCCAGGCCUUAAAGUACAGGGAGUAACAGCCAUUUUUUAUGGUUAUUUCCACAUGGACUAAUUUAUCCACUUGUUUGGGUCCAAGUUCUACAUAUAUUCCCUACUGACCUUCCAGCUUUACUUGCAACACUGUCAUCAUUGUGCUAUGAUAUCCUGUUCUGUCCCAUUUUGGGUGAAGAAGAAAAGCAUGUGUUUUUCUGUCUCCCCUCCUCUAGUGCAUGUGAAGCAAUAGGCUUUAGGUAAAAGGAUGGGGCCUUGCUGGUUCCACCUGAGCAGAUAGCAUGCUGCAGCACAAAACUUCAAAUCCUGCAUUGUCACUGUCUCUUUCAGGGACGUAUAACCCCUACCAUUGGUGUCCUAUAUGCGCGCACUUAUUCCUUUCACUUGCUGAAAGUCCUGACAUGAUGUGUUUUGUUUUUUUACUUCCUAAUUUGCUAAGGGGUCUUCCCUUUUGAGACCUUUAAAUUUUAGUUCAUUUACAGAACCUGAAAUGAAAUUCAGUCUUUGCUUUGAUGGACAAAAUCAUAGGUAUUUAUUUACAAGUAGGAAAUGUACAAGUCAAUGGAAAAAUGCCAUUGUGCAGGCGGCGAGAGGGAAUACAUUUCAUUAGUACUGUAGGGGUGGCUAAUCUUCAUGAAAACAGCGGAGUCCAGUAUACCUAAUGUAGAGAUUAGACUAUGCAGUAAAUAUAGUGUUUGUGACGUGUUCACAUGUAAUGACCUGGAUGCCACUUUAGAAAUCUUUAUACAUACAGGGGUCCAGGUUCCUUUGUGUUUAUGUGCCCAUGGCAUUUAUAAAGCUGACCGUUCUCAUGACCCAUUAACACUGGCCGAUCUGAUUAUUACAUUUUUGACACAUACAAAAUGACUUUUUUGCUUUUGUGAUUUUCCACAACCGUGAUAUUUUUAACAGCUUGACCUGGAAGUGACCACAGAAUGAAGCUUUAACUAUGACAAUCUGCACAUAAGGGUACAGUCUCGCAUGCAUUGUUCAGCACUCUCUUUUUUUUAAUGCCCGCUCUGUAACCCACCAACUGCGAGCCCAUUAAAAAAAGUUAAAAGCCCCCUUCAUUUUCUAAAGUAAAAAAUUGUUAUACUCAACUCUUUUCGUGUUGCUGUUCUCUGUGCUGCUGGUAUACAAACUGAUGUCCUCGCUGCAGCCAACCACCGUCUUCAGCAGUGUACCGCUGAGGACGGUAAUUGGCUGCAGGUGUCAUGAGCCGUACACUGAGCACAUCACCCUCGCUGUACCUGCACAGUAGCGUCAAAGGUGUACAGUAUACUGUACCGUAUGCCUUACAUAAAUGUCAGCCUAAGGAGUUUAAUCAUUUUUGAUUACUAAGACAUUUUUACAUGCCUCCCUGAUCAUCCUUAAAAGGGUUGGCAAAAUCCCCUGCUGGGCAGCCCUGCAAAGGAUGGCAUACUUACCUGCUCUUCAGUGUUGGGUCCCGACCUCAGCGGCUUCAUUCUGGUCUUCGACUGUGAACAUCUGCUUUGACACGACUGUGACCCCCUUGCGUCAUGUCAGUUGGUCAAAUGACGCAAGGGGAGCAGAUCACCACUGCUGCAGUGGUGUCAAAGCAGAUGUUGACAACAGGGGAUCCAAGUAAGGCAGCCGAGACCAGGGAGCGAAGGAGCUGGAACCCAGCACCGGAGAGCGGGUAAGGACGCUUCUCUUUGCAGGGCUGCUCAGGAGAAGGGGUUGCCAAAAACUCCUCAAAUGUGGUCAACUCCUUUAAAGUGAAUGUCUACUAUUGAAUACCACUAUAUUUAACUUUAUUUUUUAUUUUUUUAGUCUAGAUAGGUU